CGCGACGCGUCCGCUAACAUUGGGCCUAAAGAACUGGAGACAAACAUGGCGGCCGCGUCGUCGUACGCAUGUCUCUCGUGCAAGGUGGUGUUUGCCAACGCGGAUUUACACCGGUCACACUACAAGAGUGACUGGCACCGGUACAACUUGAAGCGUAAGGUCGCCUUCCUGCCGCCGGUCAGCGCCGAGGAGUUUCAGCAGCGCGUCCUAGCGCACAGGGAAGCCAGUGUCGCCGCUGAGGCCCGCGCCGCCGGCAACUACUGCGAUGUGUGCGGCAAGCGCUUCGGCGCCCCGAAGGCUUUCGAGAAUCACGUGAACUCGAAGAAGCACCAGCAGGCCGUGGUCAUGGCUCAGUCCAGCGCGCCAGCGGAGCCUGCUUCGCCGUCCGAGGUUAUCGCUAAGCCAAAGUCCGAGAGGAGCGAAAGCACCAGCAGUUGCAGCAGCAUGGUCGCCCGGAAGAACGCCAAGAACGCGUCCGAACACGCUCCCCUGCCUGGUCAGAAAGCUCCGGCUCAACGCAUGCCGUGGACAAACAGGGCGCCGGCCACAGCUGCCAUCGUCGAUGAAGACGACAGUGGUGACAGCGAGUGGGAGAGCGUCGAGGGCGAGGGUGCAGACGAAGAGAUCGACGACGAAGAAGAGGACGAAGCGAUGGAAGAUGACUCUGAGCGGGUGCCCCCCACCGAGUGCUUGUUCUGUGGCGAGCAGAGCGACAGCGUCGUGGCUAACGUGGCCCACAUGGGGCAAGCGCACUCCUUUUUCAUCCCCGACGCGGAGUACCUCGUGGAUGUCGAAGGCCUGCUGACAUACCUGGGGUACAAGUUGGGCGUCGGCCGGCUCUGCCUGUGGUGCAGCAACGAGCGGAGCGCCCCCUACGGGAGCUUGCAGGCCGCCCGGCAGCACAUGCGGGACAAAGGCCACUGCAAAAUGGCACAUGAUGGAGUGGACGGCCUGAUGGACUACUCUGACUUCUAUGACUACACAGCGAGCUACCCCGAGGGCGAAGGUGGAGAUGCAGAUGAAGAGGUCGAUGUCAGCGUGCUUGAAAGUGACGGCUGGCAGCUGGUGCUGCCAUCUGGGGCAGUGGCGGGUCACCGUUCCUUAGCAAGGUACUACCGUCAGAACCUGCCCGCGGUAGCGGCAUCGCGGCCUGGUGACUCAGCGCGCCGUGUCCUAAAUCAGUACCGUGCCCUGGGCUGGACGGGGGCGACGUCGCGCGAGGUGGCCCAGCAGAAGGCGCGCGACAUCCGCUUCAUUCAGAGCGUGCGUGCCAAGAGGCACAUGAAGCUCGGUUGCAAGGCCAACAAGCUGCAGAAGCACUUCCGGCAGCAAGUGUUGUUCUGAAGCGCGGUACGAGCAGAGCUGUGUGCAUCGGCGCUCCAUGCAUUCACUGCCGAAUUGGACGACAGUUCUUGUUGGCAGACAGACCAAGCCUGCAAUGCGCCUUUACAUAUAAAAUAGGAAUUUGUUUUUGAAAGAUGGACUGUCACUAUGCUGACAUAUCCUUGAGCAGUUGGCAAGUCAUUGGAGGACGUUCUUGAGUUGCCAGUGUGCAUCUUCUGCAGAUGAGUCACUUCAAUGCUACUUUCCGCGUGCUGCGGUAGUUAUUUUUUCUUGGCAACGUGCAGCAAUUGGUGAAGCACGUCAGCCAGCCCUGCAGGCAGGCCUUGGAAUAUGUAAAUGGAUUUAGAGGGCUACACUUGAAGCACGAGAACAAAGCGGACAGCAGGACAGACACGUGGAAGGGAUAACUUUAACUCAGCUUUAUCGAGCAAAAUCGGCACUAAUACAUACACGCGGUGAGACCAAAAAAUAAGAAUCGUCACAGUACAUUUUGUUAGAAGUUGGCACUCGUGCUUGUCUUUCCAGUGGUCUCUGCCUUGUCCUGGCAUUUUAAGUCUCUUCAAUAUUGAAUUACAACUACGCUGCAUCCUUGCCUUGAUUUAGAGAGAGUGGGCAUUGAAACACAAGAUAUGUGUUGCUCUAGCAAAUGGUGAUGAUCAGAGCCUCUGAAAUACUUUCCUGGGUGCCAUAUUUAGGGCUGCCCUUUGGAAUUCUUGUUAAGUGCGGUUUCACAAUUUGUGGCUCCUGUCGAACUUGAAUUCAUUUGCAUGGCUUGGUAAGGGACGACUCGAGUUCAUAUUCUUUUAUUUGAAAUUCUUCAAGCGAGCUGUGCUGCUGGGUGCCUUUUAGUCAUGCUUCUGGGCCGAGUCAUUUCCAUUUGUCCUGCAUAUGAGAUGUGGGCAGUAGGCUUUUUUUCUCUGAACAACAGUGUUCCUUUAAUGUAAAAAGAGGAUCCCGAGUUUUGUGCAUAAAGGGAGAGUGCUGUUUUCUUGCCUGCAUUGCUUAACCUUGUGCAUGCAAAGGACGGGUUGUCUAUACAGCAGUGCAUAUGUAAAAGUUAGAUAUGUAAGAUAUGUACAGCUUGUUCUUUUGAAAUUAAAAUGUGUUGAGCGUUGGC